AUGUCUAAUGACUCUCCCCUCGAUAUUACAGCCUCUAUUGCGGGAAUCCUAACCUUCGUUGUCGCUAUUGCUGCCGCUCUCUAUGCACGCUUCACCUACCUUCGAAACGCCGAUUCCGAGUAUUUCCAAGUAAAGGCGUCCCUCUCCUGGUACAAGACUGAAUCUACGUGGAUGAACGAUUUGAUCCAAUCCGGCCCUGCCAGUGAUGGAGCAAAGGGAAGAAGCAGAGUGGAGCACGAGAUGUACUCCUUUGUCAUGGAUCAAAUAGGAAAGUUAGAGGAGCGACUGCUGGGAUUAUUGACCGAGGCUGAAGUUUCGGCUACCAAGGAGAGUGAAAAGGAGGAAGGUUGGACGAUUGUGCCAAGAAGGAUGAAAGGGAGGACUGAUAUCGCCAUGAGUUGGUUACCCGUUCGAGCCAAGGCGCUGGAGUUGGUGAGGCAGAGGGAUGCCCUUGGAAGCCGGGUGCUGUUCGCGCAAAUGUCAAUGAUUAGUUCGGCUGUGAGGGAUCAGGAGGCCCGGUCCAGAAAGAGAGACGAGAGUCAGAGGGAAAGGCUCGAUAGCUUGGAAACUAUGGUCUAUGCCCAGCAUGAGAAAUUGGAUAGACUGGAGGAUCUAGUGUAUAGGGCAAUGCACCGAUCAACCGUUGUGUCCAACGGGAACCCGGAAAGUCCUCGAUAUGAGGAAUAUCCGCGUCAUGAGGUCCCCCAACAACACAACCCUGAAGUGCAGGUUGGGAACACAAGACGAAGAUCCGCUGAGGUUGCGAUAACUUCGCUAUUACCUGACCCUGGGCGCAUGCUGGAGCUCCCGCCGCCGACUCAUCGAAUCCCAACGAUAUGA